AUGCUAGGCCUCCUGGGAAGCACGACCCUCGCGGGCUUGAUCACAGGCAUUGUCGUGGCUCUUCUGCUGUUGGUGCUGCUGCUGGCCACCUGCCUGUACCACGGACAGCGGGACCAUGACGUGGAGAGGAACCGCCCGGCCGCGAGGAGAAACCGAGUCCGGUGGGCCCAGCCUUGGCUCCUCCCGGGCCGGGCCCACCCGGGACACGCUCACUGUUUCCGUCAUCCUGGCCACGUGUCUCACACGCACCACGUGGGCCUCCACCACCAUCGCCUCCACCGACACCUCUACCACCAAGCCCACCACCAAGCCCACCUCCAUGCCCACCGAGGCCACCACUGACGCCUGUGAAUGGCAGCCACUGCCUGCCCUCCCGUGGACCCCCAUGCUCCUGUGCAGAAGGGCACCUCUCUGUGGUAAACACUGAGUACUGUGCCCUGGGUCCUGCUUGGCUUCUUUUGCAUACUACCCCCCCCCCCCCCACGGUACUAUAAGGAGAGAAGCGAGGAGCACAGGGGUGGCCCUGCGCACACUGGAAGGUAACAAGUUGAGAGCAGAGAUGGUCCUUUGGGGAUGGACCCUGCCUAUGACUGUAACUCCCAGGGGACACCAGUGCAUGUGGAUGCACAGAAGAUGUACCGUGCUCUCUGAAGUGCUGUCCUCUGAUUUACUCAGGCCCUGGCCAGGGGCGUAGCUGGGAGGGGACAGCAAUGCCUUGUGUUUGGAGAAGACAGUAUGAGGCUGCAAGUCAAUUCACUGGUGCCUUAAUACAAGAAAAUAAAAACUACGAGGAAGCUUUU